AUGUUUCAGCGCCUCCGCGAGGCCAUCGACUCUCGCAUCGCAGAGGAACAAGCUCGUCAAAAGUCCGCCCAAGAUAACAUUGAGCGCUCCAACUCCGCUCGCCGUCCGCCUGGCCGCAACCAGUCCCCGAGUCGGCGCUCCCGUCCGAGACGCAAUACCAGCACCCCCGUUCGAGGACCCGACCCCAAGGAGUUUGAGGCUGAAUUUACUAUCGGCGACGACGAUGAAUCUAGCAGGUCCGGUACCCCUCAAACAGAUACACCAGAGGCUGCUUCGGAAGUAAGCGCCUCUAAGGGAGACAGCGAGAUGGUCGACGGCAAACCGGCGGAGACGCCCGAGAAGGAGAUGGCACAGGAGACAGAGGCUAAAGAGACUCCACCUGUGCUUCCACCUGAUGUUCGUGCGAAACUUCGACGACUUGAUAAGCUAGAGUCCCGAUACCAAGAUUUACUCAAGGCUUACCGUACUGCUCACUCGCGCGUCCUAUCCAUCGAACCCUUCGAAGCUGCCCUGCGCGAGAACACCCCACUCACCUCGAUUGGCGAACCAAAAGCUUUCACGGAAUACCUCAACCAAUCCACCUUGAAAAGCGACAUGGUCAUGGAAGAGCUGAAGCGCGUAACCGAAGAAAGAGAAGACUUCAGAAAGAAAUUUGAAGCAGCACAGCAGGCUACUAAGGAUGCUUUGGAUGAGCUUACUGGCCUCAAAACGGAGAAACCCCAAACCCACACACCCACGGGGACAGAUGGAACCGAGGAGCAGACAAGUGAAGAGUUCUUUUCGUUCGAUAAUGAAGUUCCCCGACUGGAAGGCGAGCUUAAGGAGAAGCAAGAAGAGGUCGAGAGCCUUAAAACCGAAGUCGAAAAGCUGAAGCGCGAUAUGUCUGUCACCCGUGAGUCGACCGAAGGCAUGGUGCAGAAUUUGGAGACAGCAACUCGCGAGCUCGUCGAGCUGCGUGACACCAAGGACAACCUGGAUGCCGAAAUCAAGACCCUACAAAACGCUAAAAAGGCCGAUGUCGACGACCUGAAGGCGAAGUUAGCAACUGCAGAAUCCUCUCUCAAAUCAACCACGUCCGAGGUUGAGAAGCUCAAGUCGCAACUCAAGGAGAAGAGCGAGGAAAUCGAGAAGCUCCAGAAACAGGCUUCCGAAAGAACUGAGCCUGAUUCGGACCUCGCUGCUCAGUUGGAGACGACCAAGGAGGAAAAGAAAUCCAACGAGAAAAAGCUCGUUGUGCUUCAGGGCUUAGUUGACGGUCUUCGAUCUCAGCUUAAGAACACCGAAUCUUCCGUUUCGAAACUGAAGAGUGAGAUCGACGAGAAAUGCAAAAGCUCUGCUAAGCUACAAGACAUCUUCGACUUUGUGAAUGAGAACUUGAAGGAAAACGCGAUGUGGGUAUCUACAAGGGAGAAAGUCUUCGCUGGAGAGGCGGCCGACUUCAAUGAUGUCGUCAAGACCCUAGCGCCAGUCAAGGCAGAGCACGCGCCUAGAAUUCCUGCUCCUGCUUCUGCCCCGACCGAAGAAGAAACACAGCCUGCUCAAGCUACUGGCGGUGGCAACGGAGGAAAGAAGAAGAACAAGAAGAAGAAGAAGGGCGGAAAAGCAGAUCAAUCUUCUAAGCCAGCUGAUGCAGCUCCCGCAGAGCAAUCGCCUCAAGAGGCGCCUUCGUCAGCUACCAAUGAGCUAGAUGAACUCAAGCAAAAGAUCGAAUCUCUCAUCCAGCAAUUGUCCGAAAAGGAGGCCGCCAUCGAACGUCUCAGUUCUAAGCUGAAAGGCGAGCACAAUUUGAAGGAGGAGAUUGAGUCCCUGCGCGAUGACCUUGUCAACAUUGGCCAGGAGCAUGUGACAGCCAAGGACAAGAUUAAGGAGCUUUCAGCAGAAAAGGCUUCUCUUGAAGAAACUAUCAGCAAGCUCGAGAAGGAUUUAGGGGAACUCCGCACCAGCAACGCUUCGACCUCAGCUGACUCGGAGAAAGUGCACUCCUCACUGAAAGAGGAAUUCGAUAAACUCAAGGUCCGCUCUGCUACCUUGGAGACCGAUCUUUCCGCUGCACAGCAGCUAGCUGCCACUCGGUUCAAAGACCUUACAGACCUCCGUGAGACUCUUCAGAAGGUUCAACCUGAGCUGCGUAGUCUACGUGCCGAAUCUUCCGAGCUGAAGACUCUAAAAGAAACCCUCACCAGCAAGAAUUCAGAGUUGAAGGCCCUUGAAGGCAAGCAUGAGGAUCUGCGUGCUGAGCUGAAGGCUUCCAAAUCGAAGAUCUCAGAGCGUGACACAGAAGUGGGCACCCUCAAUAAGAAGAUCCGACAGGAGACCGACAGCCGAUUGAAGGCCGAGGAGAACCUUAAUGUUGCCCAAUCGAACCUGCGGUCUGCCGAGAGUAAAAAGCAAGAUGCUAUCAACGCCAGAGACAAGACUACUGGUGACCUCUCCAAGGCCCAAGACGCGUUGAAAAGUACUCGCGCCAAGAUGCGGGAGAUGGAUGAGCAGAUUUCCCAGCUGAACAAGGAACUCGGAAAUCUCCGAGACGAGAUUCAGCUAAAGACAGCUCAGCAUAGCAGCGCCCAAAGCCUAAUGAACAGCAUGCGUGACCAGACCACGGAAGUUGCAAUGCAAAUGAAGGAGGCCCGUGAGCGAUGCGAGAGCUUAGAGGAAGAAUUAGCUGAUGCUCAUCGUCUGCUGAGCGAGCGAACCCGCGAAGGCGAGACCAUGCGCCGUCUGCUCAAUGAUAUUGAGGGUCGUUCGGAAGCCAAGGUGCGAGACUUUAAGGAACGCAUGGAGGCUGCUAUUGAAGAGCGAGACCGUGUCGAAGAUGAGGCCAGCACCCAAGGGCGCCGGCGUGCUCGUGAGGUGGAAGAACUCAAGGCUAAGGUCCGUGAAGCUGAGCGCGCACUGCGCACGGCAGAGCAAGACAAGGAGGAGCUUGAACAAUCCCAAAAGGACUGGCGCCGCCGUCGUGACGAGCUCGAGUCAGUCUCUGAAAAGUCUUCACAGGAAGUGACAGAGAUUCGACAGGCUAUGGCUGGUCUACGCGAUGCCCUCGACGAAAGCGAGAAGCAGGUUCGCGACCUCGAAAAGGAUAAGGCAGAACUUCGUCGUUCGGUGGAAGAGACAAACAACCGACUGGAGAAGCUUCGAAGAUCCCAUAAGACACUCGGAGAGGACGUUCGUCUACGUGGCUCCCCGUCUCGGCAAUCCUCGCGGUCUUCUUUGGAUUCAGGCUCUCGCCGGGCAGUUGUAUCUCCUGGGAGGAGCGAGUCACUUGUUGGCCCACCCAGCAAUGCAUCUAUUGACUACAUGUACUUGAAGAAUGUUCUUCUCCAAUUUUUGGAACAGAAGGACAAGAACUAUCAGAAGCAGCUGAUCCCUGUUCUGGGAAUGCUGCUCCAUUUCGAUCGAACUGAUGAGCAAAAGUGGAUUCCUCUCACCAAGAUGACCGACCAACCUACCAUUCAUGUCCCUCUCAUUCUCCAAUUCAUUUGCGAAUUAGCCGACUAUGAAAAGGCCCUCCAUGAAGUCGAAGCCACGGAAGAAUCCCUUCUAGCGACCCUCUCCUUCCCCGACACCCCGCCCCGACGCGGCGCCGUCUACACAGCUCUCAUCACCCCUCCACCCACCGCCGAGACUCCGAACCCGAUCCCUGUCGGCAUGGCCCUGUACUUCUACAACUACUCAACAUGGAGAUCCGCCCCUGGUAUCUACCUCGAGGAUCUGUAUGUGCAGCCCAGCGCGCGGGGUAACGGGUACGGCUUCAAGUUGCUUAAGUACCUUGCCAAGCAAGUGCUUGAGGUAUCGGGUCGACGGUUGGAGUGGAGUGUGCUCACCUGGAACGAGCCUAGUAUUAAGUUCUAUGAGCAGGUUGGUGCGCGCGGUAUGGACGAGUGGAUGAAGAUGAUGCUCGAGGGGGAUGCGUUGACUCGUUUGGCCGAGGAUGCGUAG